AUGUGGGCCACUAACAAGGGAACAAUAAAGGCCAGGGUGACGAUGGCCUCGACUGGAAACCUCACACUCGUUGCGGCGUGGUAUCCUCACCCUGGGUAUAAUCCCAAGUAUCCUGAUGAACAAUAUUAUCGCAAUCGGGUGGCAGAGUUUCUCGCCCGGAUACAUACACCGCUUGUUAUAUUCACAUCCUCCUCAGAGAACGACUUGCCCCAGAGUGUCAGGCCUUCUAAAGCUCCAAUGCUAUUGAACAACAGCUUUGAAUCGAUCUGGGAUGUACCGUACCUUAUCGAACUCACCCACUCAUUUCAUACUGAUCAAGUGAAACUGGCGGAUUACUUUUUCUGGAAUGAUGCGGCCGGGAUGCUACCGCAGAAAGGCAAUUUAACCUUCUGGCCAGAUAUUACAAGAAUCCGUAAAGCUGUCCCAACUGACAUUGGACAUCCGGAAAGAUUGCUCAUGGUUGGUCGUGAGCUUCAGCCACUACGACCCGUUCAUGCUUCAAGGGAACUUGCCCCCUUCACACGAACAAUUUCAGCACAUUUCUUUGGUGGCACUAAAGGGUCGAUCAAGUGGUUUUCCCAAGUGUAUUAUGAGAUGCUUGCAUACUACCAUUCAAUCAACCAGUUUGUUGGGUCUAGCCUCGAUCAUAUGUAUUAUUACUUUCUUUGCAACUAUGUUCUCUUAUCAUCUUUGGGCUCGAUGCAAUUCUGA